CCUUGUCCAGCGGGGGGCCUUGUCCAGCGGGGGCCUUGGGCUCCACCUGGCAUGUGUGUCAGCCAGUCUCAUCAGCAUCACUCUGCUUCCUGUCUGGCGUGUGGUGGUUUGGAGUGGGGAGAGGGCAUUGUCAUCAGUUCCUAAGGUGUCACCCUGCUUGGCGGGUGGUGGGCCAGAGUCAGGGAUCGUCAGGAGAGGGAGACUGGAAGUAGAACUUGCUGGUGGCCGAUGGCGGAUGUCUGACAAGAGCAAGUGCUUGAAAGUCUCCAUGGCCAAGGCUUAAGUCGCCUGAGCCUGUGCUGCCCCCGGUAGAGGGGAGGAGCACUCUGGGUGGCGAGGGGGUCUCCGGGUUGCCCUCGCUGUGACGGGAUGAUGGCCCAGCACUGUGGUCAAGCCAGCAGCCGAGAAGGCCCCCAAGGGGCAGGCAGGUGGCUGGCAUGCGGUGGCCACGUCUGAGGCCCUGCAGAGGCUGGGUGGGGUGUCCUGGGGUGAAGCCUCCCCAGGCCAGUAUGAGGCUGCCCUCUUGGGUCCCGGCGCGGCCGAUGGCCUGUGCCUCAACACGGUUGUGGAGGGUGUGUUCAUGGAGACAGCGAUGGGCUGAGGGCUCUCUCCUGGGUAGUAGCGGGGGUCAGACAGUGGCCAGAGCCUGCAGGAGUGCAGCUCUGUGCACGUACUGUCUUGGGCUUGGGACUGCGACCCCAGCUCGCAAGGGGUGUGGAUCCAGGGUGACCAGUGAGCAGUGGGCGUCAGCAUUCUGGAAGGGCUCGUCCCCGUGUGUGCCUCUGGGGGCCCUCCUGACUGCCUGCCUUCUCCUCUGGUCCUGGGAGGCCUUGGCGGGGGGCAGUGGCUGUAGGCGGUUGUUGUCAUACCUUCAUGAGUCCCAGAUGUGUGAUUUUGGAAGCCUUGGGCGGGUUAGCUGGGACGUCUGCUUGGAUUUAGUGCCAGUUGGUUAGUUCUACCCACGUGUGCUUGGUGGUUUUCGCCUCUCCUGUCUUCUGCGUGGCGCUCACGUGUUGUCUUGUCUGUUUCAGGGAGUCAGUGCCAAAUGAGGAGGAAAGGCCGAGGUCAUCGCGCUGCAGCGAGGCACACUUCCUCCCCCGGCAGCACCAAGCACUCCCCCACGCGAGAGACCCUGACCUACGCGCAAGCCCAGAGGAUGGUGGAGAUCGAGAUCGAGGGGCGCCUGCACAGGAUCAGCAUCUUCGACCCCCUGGAGAUCAUCCUGGAAGAUGACCUCACGGCCCAGGAGAUGAGUGAGUGCAACAGCAACAAGGAGAACAGCGAGCGGCCGCCCGUGUGCUUGAGAACUAAGCGGCACAAGAACAACCGGGUCAAGAAGAAAGGCGACGCCCCGCCCAGCACCCACGGCGCGCCCGCCUCCGCCAGCACCCUCCCCGAGCCCAAGGUGCGGGUGGUGGAGUACAGCCCCCCGUCAGCACCACGGCGGCCCCCCGUGUACUACAAGUUCGUGGAGAAGUCAGCCGAGGAGCUGGACAACGAGGUGGAGUACGACAUGGACGAGGAGGACUACGCCUGGCUGGAGAUUGUCAACGAGAAGCGCAGGGGCGACUGCGUGUCAGCCGUGUCGCAGAGCGUGUUCGAGUUCCUCAUGGACCGCUUCGAGAAGGCCUCACACUGCGAGAAGCAGAAGCAGGGGGAGCAGCAGUGCCUGAUCGAUGAGGACGCGGUGUGCUGCGUGUGCAUGGACGGCGAGUGCCAGAACAGCAACGCCAUCCUCUUCUGCGACAUGUGCAACCUGGCCGUGCACCAGGAGUGCUACGGCGUGCCCUACAUCCCCGAGGGCCAGUGGCUCUGCCGCCACUGCCUGCAGUCCCGGGCCCGGCCGGCCGACUGCGUGCUCUGCCCCAACAAGGGCGGCGCCUUCAAGAAGACGGACGACGACCGCUGGGGCCACGUGGUGUGCGCCCUGUGGAUCCCCGAGGUGGGCUUCGCCAACACCGUGUUCAUCGAGCCCAUCGACGGCGUGCGGAACAUCCCCCCCGCGCGCUGGAAGCUGACCUGCUACCUCUGCAAGCAGAAGGGCGUGGGCGCCUGCAUCCAGUGCCACAAAGCCAACUGCUACACCGCCUUCCACGUGACGUGCGCCCAGCGCGCCGGCCUCUACAUGAAGAUGGAGCCCGUGCGGGAGCUGGCCGGCGGCGCCGCCACCUUCUCCGUCAGGAAGACCGCUUACUGUGACGUCCACACGCCCCCCGGCUGCACCCGCAGGCCUCUGAACAUUUACGGGGACGUGGAGAUGAAAAACGGCGUCUGUCGGAAGGAGAGUUCGGUCAAAGCGGUCAGGUCCACGUCCAAGGUCAGGAAGAAAGCCAAGAAGGCCAAGAAGACGGCCCGGGAGCCCUGCACGGCCCUGCCGCCCGUGUGCGCGCCCUACAUCCCCCCGCAGAGAUUAAAUAGGAUUGCAAAUCAGGUGGCCAUUCAGCGGAAGAAGCAGUUUGUUGAGCGCGCCCACAGCUACUGGCUCCUCAAGAGGCUGUCCAGGAACGGAGCCCCGCUGCUGCGCAGACUCCAGUCCAGCCUGCAGUCCCACAGAAGCUCGCAGCAGAGAGAGAACGACGAGGAGAUUCAAGCCGCCAAAGAGAAGCUCAAGUACUGGCAGCGGCUGCGGCAUGACUUGGAGCGCGCGCGCCUGCUCAUCGAGCUUCUGCGCAAGCGCGAGAAGCUCAAGCGGGAGCAGGUGAAGGUGGAGCAGAUGGCCUUGGAGCUGCGGCUGACCCCGCUCAGUGUGCUGCUGCGCUCGGUGCUGGACCAGCUGCAGGAGAAGGACCCGGCCCGCAUAUUCGCCCAGCCAGUGAGCCUGAAGGAGGUCCCGGAUUAUCUGGAUCACAUCAAACGCCCCAUGGACUUUGCCACAAUGCGGAAGCGGCUAGAAGCACAGGGGUACCGGACACUCAGGGAGCUGGAAGAGGACUUUGACCUCAUCGUGGACAACUGCAUGAAGUACAAUGCCAAGGAUACGGUGUUCUACCGGGCCGCCGUGCGGCUGCGCGACCAGGGCGGCGUGGUGCUCAGGCAGGCCCGGCGCCAGGCAGACAGCGUCGGCUUCGACGAGGCCUCGGGGAUGCACCUGCCCGAGCGGCCGCCCCCGGCCCCCCGGCGGCCUUUCUCCUGGGACGAGGUGGACAGGUUGCUGAACCCGGCCAACAGGGCCCACAUGGUCCUGGAGGAGCAGCUGAGGGAGCUGCUGGACAUGCUGGACCUCACGUGUGCCAUGAAGUCCAGCGGGUCGCGGAGCAAGCGGGCCAAGCUGCUGAAGAAGGAGAUUGCUGUCCUGCGGAGCAAGCUGAGCCAGCAACACAGCCAGCCCCCGGCCGUGGAGUCAGGUACUGCAGGCUCAGAAGAGGACGGUGCUCCGCGGGGGCAGGAGGCCGCGGAGGAAGUCCUUCCGAGGUUGGAGACUCUUCUGCAGCCAAGAAAAAGGUCGCGAAGCACCUGCGGCGACUCUGAGGUGGAGGAGGGGUCCCCGGGAAAGCGCCUGGACACAGGUCUCACCAAUGGCUUUGGGGCUGCGCGGGGCGAGCAGGAGCUGGGCGGCGCCCCGGGGAGGACCGCUGCGCCGCGCCGCCGCUGCGCCUCCGAGUCCAGCAUCUCCUCCAGCAGCAGCCCGCUCUGCGACGCCAGCUUCAGCGCACCGAAGUGCGGCCGCGGCAAGCCGGCCCUGGUCCGCAGGCACACGCUGGAGGGCCGCAGCGAGCUGAUAUCUUGCAUCGAGAACGGGAACUACGCAAAGGCAGCGCGUAUUGCUGCUGAGGUCGGUCAGAACAGCAUGUGGAUAUCCACUGACGCGGCCGCCUCCGUUCUCGAGCCCCUGAAGGUUGUGUGGGCCAAGUGCAGUGGCUACCCCUCGUACCCGGCCCUGAUUAUUGACCCUAAGAUGCCGCGCGUGCCUGGCCACCACAACGGGGUGACCAUCCCGGCCCCGCCGCUGGACGUGCUGAAGGUCGGCGAGCACAUGCAGACCAAGGCCGACGAGAAGCUCUUCCUCGUGCUCUUCUUUGACAACAAGAGGAGCUGGCAGUGGCUUCCAAAGUCCAAGAUGGUCCCUCUGGGCAUCGACGAGACGAUAGACAAGCUGAAGAUGAUGGAGGGCAGGAACUCGAGCAUCCGCAAGGCCGUGAGGGUCGCCUUCGACCGCGCCAUGAGCCACCUGAGCCGCGUGCAUGGGGAGCCGGCCAGCGACCUCAGCGACAUAGACUGAGCGGCGGCCCGUCCAGUGUGCAUAGCUGUACAUGCUGUACAUUGUUCACCACUUAACUUAUUCUGAGUUUUAGGUAUAGUUGAGUUCUUUCUCCCAGGGAGGGGGAGGUUUUCUUUCCUGGUUUUCUAGGACCCAUGUCCAUCUGGCGCCGUGACGGCGUGGGCGCACCCCGGGCGCCGCUCCGUGCCCCUCACAGGCACCGGCCGGCUGCUGCUGGCGUCAUUUCUUCCAUCUGUAGCGCUCUCUCUCUCUCUUUUUUUUUAAAGACUUUUGAAUGUUUAAUAAUUUUGUAAAUCAUACUCUUUACACAGAGUACCACUAUUUAAUAGACGGGAUGUACAUUUACAAUGACAAAUGUGUAUUUUAAGAAAGAAAAUGACAUUAUUUUGAAUGGUACUUUGUGGAAAGAGGUGGAGAAUAAAUUUAUGCCGCGUGCAUCACUCGCAAAUCACCAAAAACACUCCGCCGCCUCCGUGAGGGCCGGGGCGGGCCUCCCGGGCCUCCCCUGCCGCCUUGCCCACCUGCCAGCCUCCCACGGUGUGCCUCCCAGCGGAUUAUUUAUUGUAGAAAGUGUAUUCAUUUGCUUUAUAAUGAAAAAUAAAUUUGCAGAAGUAUAUUGAUAUGCAUUUUUAUACAGGCACAUAAAAAUUCAACUUGCUUUGGGAGCAGGAUGUUGGUUGGUGUAUAAAUGACUCUGGCUGUGUGUGCUUUGAUUUUGUAACUUGUAAUCUUUUGUUUACAAUGAGGGGCUUUCUGUAACUCGUUUUAAUUUAGAACACUUUGGUAGCAAUAGAAACUUUGGAUACAUUUUUGUAUGGUACAUGUGAUGUAUAUAGAAUUAGUACUUUAUUUUUAUUUUUAAGAGGUAAAAGCAUUAUGUUAGGGGAAAAGGUAGGGUGGGUUUCCAAAAUUGCAUUUUUUAUAUAAAAAAAAAAUAAAGUCAAGAUUUGGACGGUGUGGCCCUUUCAUUCCUGCCUCCCUAGCACGCCGAGCGGCCGGCUGCGGGCUGGGGAGGGUGCCCGGCCUGGGCCUGCCCCUGGCCCGGGCCCCGCCUUCAUCGCUCGUGUUCUGGGGUGUCGUUAUUUAUUAUUUCACCUAAUCAUAUUUUUAUUUUAAAAUGGUAGCUUGAAACUUUAAAUGUUUUUUUCUUUUCAGUUUCCAUUGUUUGUAACAUUUCCAUAGAAACUUGAAAAUAAACAUCUUCCUUGGA